UGAAAUGAAGAACUCCCAACAAAAUUUCCUUGAAUUUAGGGAUAUAUGGGAAAUGUAUAUAUGAAUUUAGAGGACCUAAAUUCACCCAAAAUUCAAGGCCAUCCUAGCCAAUCAUACAAACAUCUUCCAGUUUAACAAGUUUGACUCUCCCACUUGCCAUUUCUUCUUCAUCAUCCAUAAAUUCUCUUUCUCUCUCUCUCGCUCUUUCUCUUCCUCUUCUUCACAAAUUAUAUUAACAACCCAUCUCAUUAACUUUGAUCCACCUCAAUGACCCCAUUACUCAAACUUUGAUCUUUUUUGUUUUGUUUUGUUUUUGCCACACAUUACAUAAAACCCAAAACAAAAACAAAAGCAAAAACAAAAACAGAAACACAGAAAACCAACAACAACAAUAAAAUCCAUUCCUCCAAGAAACCAGAAAGAUUCUCUGUACAACAACAUGAAAAAGAGAUAAAACAAAAGAAAAAAGAAAAAAAGGAAACACCUUUAUCUUCAACAAGACCAAGAGAAAAAUAGAAUCCCACAUAUUUCCACAAACCCUAAUGUCACAGCAGAAACCAAUGUCCCACAUGGAUGACAAUGACAUUCCUUCAACACCAGGAAAGUUCAAAUCUUCAUACAUUCACAGACUCCGCUACAACUUCUCGCUCACAAAGGUCACACUUUGGGCCUUAGUUUUCUUCGGCUUAAUCUUCCUCUCCGUCUUUUUCCGAUCUCCGUCUUCGUCCAAAUCCGAUGACCCAACUCGCCGAGCUCUCGGAACUAACAAUUGGGGAGGACCCACUUGGGAAAAACGGGUCCGGACCUCCGCCCGGGUCCGUUCCGGCAAAGGUAGCAUGUCCGUGCUCGUUACCGGAGCUGCCGGGUUCGUAGGAACCCAUGUCUCCGCCGCGCUGAAGCGGCGCGGGGACGGCGUGGUGGGCAUCGACAAUUUCAAUGACUACUAUGACCCAACGUUGAAGCGAUCAAGGCAAGCGCUUUUGGAGCGUUCGGGAGUUUUCAUUGUAGAAGGAGAUAUCAAUGACAUGACGCUUUUGAAGAAGCUUUUUGAGCUCGUGACUUUUACCCAUGUGUUGCAUUUGGCAGCUCAAGCUGGAGUGAGGUAUGCUAUGGAAAAUCCUCUAUCUUAUGUGCAUAGUAAUCUUGCUGGUUUUGUUAGCUUGUUAGAAGUUUGUAAAUCUGUGAAUCCACAACCUGCAAUUGUGUGGGCUUCGUCUAGUUCGGUUUAUGGACUUAAUACUAAGGUACCCUUUUCGGAAAAAGAUCGAACAGACCAGCCUGCUAGUUUGUAUGCUGCUACUAAGAAAGCUGGUGAAGAAAUUGCACAUACUUAUAAUCAUAUUUAUGGUCUUUCGCUAACUGGGUUGAGGUUUUUCACGGUUUAUGGUCCGUGGGGGCGGCCUGAUAUGGCUUAUUUCUUUUUCACAAAGGCUAUAUUGAAAGGGAAGGCGAUUUCGAUCUUUGAAGGGCCUAAUCAUGGCACGGUUGCUAGGGAUUUUACCUACAUUGAUGAUAUUGUGAAGGGGUGCUUGGGGUCAUUGGAUACCGCGGAGAAGAGUACUGGGAGUGGUGGGAAGAAGAAGGGGCCAGCCCAAUUGCGAGUUUUCAAUCUGGGGAAUACGUCACCUGUUCCGGUUACAAAUCUUGUGGGUAUUUUGGAGAAGCUUUUGAAGGUGAAGGCCAAGAAGAAUGUAAUGCAGUUGCCACGAAAUGGGGAUGUUCCGUAUACCCACGCGAAUAUCAGCUAUGCUCAGAGGGAGUUUGGGUAUAAGCCCACCACAGAUCUGGAGACAGGUUUAAAGAAGUUUGUUAAGUGGUACCUCAAUUACUAUUCUGCUGGGAAGAAGUCUUCUGGGUAACAUAUUCGUUUGAUUGUGUGGUAGAGUCUUUUGAAUUCUGUUUAUUAUGAUCCUUAAGAUUGUUUUUUUGAUCUUUUUAUGUUCGUUGCACGAUUAUCUUCUCUUCGUAUAUCUUAAUGAUGCCAUAUAAGGAGGAACUUUGUGUCCUACAUUGAAGAAGUUUUGUGGAUGCUGGGCACCCACUCCGAAGCUGUAUCAAACAAAACCAGAACAUCUUUUUCUUUCUCUGGAAUGUAAUUGUUGUAGUUUCGGCCUUGUAGAAUUCACAACUAAUAGAGCGCAUAUGCUGAUUGGUGGACAUGUAUCAUUGUAAUGCAAUUUAAUAAAACUCACACGACAGUUUGGUUC